CUUUGUGAAAUAGAUAAGCUAGGUAUAUGAAGUUUGGCGCUCAACUAACGUUAUAUGCUAUACCCGAGUGGAAGCAUUUGUAUAUAGAAUACAACACAUUAAAUAAAUACUUAUCACGUUAUAAAAAACCUCCAUUUUUCGAAAAUUAUAAUUUACUAAGAUUACCUGGCCAUAAUUUUUUUAGAUCUUCGACAUGUGUGCUACCCUUAACUACAGAUCAUCCAUCAGAAUCAGAGCAUACUAAUGAUUCAAAAAAAGAAAAUAUCAAUUAUAAAUUUCUUGAAAUGUUAGAUCAUGAUUUAAAAAAAGUUAAAACUCAUUUUGAAAGUGAAUUGGAUCAUUUAAAAGAACAAAUUCAAGUGUUUCAGAAAGAACUAGAACACCUCAAGGAAGAAGAAACCGCGAUCAAUCAGGAACAAAAAAUCCAUGAUUAUGUCCCUUUUCAUACUUCCAAAACUACUAAUCUUUUUGAGACGCAACGUUCGUGUAAUGUUCACAAAAAGCGUUUGAAUCGUGUGGCUAUGGGAAUGUAUGAUUAUGCUAAUCGUUUAGAAGAUUUUGUUCAGCUUAAUUCUAUCGCAUUAUACAAAAUUUUAAAAAAAAGAGACAAAAUUUUAAGCCUUCAUCGAGCACCUGAGGAUUUAAAAGAAAGAAAAAAAAUUCUUGUAUCACUUGUCGUUUCUAAAACAAUUCGAGACUCUAUUAUUCUUUUAUACCGCGAAUGCCAUAAUAAAAUGACUUCCAAUGAGUUACAAACCAAUCUGAAUGAUGAGGUACCUUUCAACGUACCAGAAAAAAAUGACCAAGAACUUAAAUUUCACCUACAACAAAUGCUGGCGUCCAAUCAUAAUUCUUUUACUAGUGGAUGGAUAUUUUUUUUUUUGGGCUGUUCUUUCAUAAUUUUAAUUGAUGCUAUCUUUGCAACAACCCUUGGAGCACAGCAUCCAUUGUCUUUUCAACAUAUUUUUAUUACUAUCUUUCCUAUGUUUCGAUUUCUAUUAGCAGUGUGUUUGAUAGUAUGGGGAGCUGCGAUCGCAACAACUGCUUUUGAAUAUUACGGCGUCAAUUACAAGUUUCUUUUGAACAUUUAUCCAAAAUGUCAUUUCACAUUUACCCAUUUGUUAACCUUAGCUAGUCUUUUAACAUUAGCGUGGAUUAGCUUUUUUGCCUUAUUUAUUUUCGAUGUUUAUUUUUCCGAUUCUCCCGAUAAUAAAAGAUAUUGGAUUUAUCCAUUAUACUUGUUAUUAGUCCAAAUUUUCAUUUUUUCUUUUCCUUCUUUAUCUCUACCUUAUUCAUACCGAGUGCAAAUACUUUCUCAUAUAUGGGAAACUUUAAAAGGCGGAUUUCAAUUACGUGGAAAAGUUACACUAACAGAUAAUCUUAUUGGGGAUAUUUUGACAUCAUUACCAAAACCGCUAUUGGAUUUGUGGUAUACAAUCACAUUUUAUUUAACUCUUGCUUUAGGCAAUAAUUACAAAACUUUACCAGUUUAUAAAGAUCCUUCUCUCCCCGUCAUGCUUUUCUUUACAUUUAUUCCUUAUUGGAUACGCUUUAUUCAGUGUUUUAAAAGAUACAUGAAUGAAAAUGGUCCUAGAACCAUUCAUAUUUGGAAUAUGGGGAAAUACCUUUCCUCUAUGGUACUCAUCGUCACUUCACUUAUACAAUGGGAAAAAAUUGGUCUUUCUAUUUACGCUUCACGACUUAUAUUUAUACUGGGAUAUUUAGUUGCUUCGCUCUAUAAUUUAAUAUGGGAUUGUGUUGUUGACUGGGGUCUACUACCAGAUCCAGAUCAUUUUAUUCGACCACAUCUGAGAGUUUUAUACCCUCAAUGGAUAUAUUAUUUCACCACAUUAAUCAAUUUAUUUGGACGUCUUUUAUGGGUUUUGACGCUCAUACCUAUUGGCAUCAUCACGGAUAAACAAAUGAAUAGCGAAAUUUUACUUCUUGUUAUCUCCUCAUUAGAAAUAAUUCGUCGAAGUGUAUGGGUUAUUUUACGCUUGGAAAAUGAACACUUAACAAACUCAUCAAAAUAUCGUGCGAUUCUUUGGAUACCGAAAGUCCAUCACGAGAAUGAAUCACUUGAUUCCAUGCUUCUUUACAAAACUAGUGAAUUUUGAAUCAAGUUUUUUUCAUCUUGAACUGAAACAUGCAUGAAACAGUCUGUCGGUUGAUUUUUUAACAUAUGUAAAUGAACAAUUUUAACUCGUUAUUUUUUAUUAUUUGCAACAAAAAAUUUUGAAAUCUUUACGUGCGUUAAGUAAAAC